CCCCCUUUCAGUGCUGCUGCCUUUUAUUUCCCAGCCAGCCUGGUUGUUUUCAUUUCUUUUGUCUGAAGUUCCUGAGAGGAAGGUUUUAUUUUCAGCGGUUUGAUUAAUUCACAGCUUGAGCCUGGGGUUUGUUUGUUAUGUAAUUGCUGCCCUCAGCUUCAGGAUAAUACCCUUCCUCGACUCCCCCCUCCCCCACUGUGGGCCCCGCCUGCCAGGGCCUGGCUCUGCGCCCCUCCCUGUGCCCGGAUGGGCUGAGCUGCCUGCUUCCUGGACGCUCUCCAGGCCCCUGAGUGGUGGGACGGGACGCCCGAGUUGGACCCCAAAGCCCUGGCAAGCUGGGCAGGGGUCUCUUCUUUUCUCCUGGGUUUACCUUCUUAGAGUCAGGUAUGCUCCUCCUCACCCUGCAGUGCCCUGUCCUGGGUCCUACAGCAACCCCCAGGGUGCCCUGCCUUUUGUACGUGGCAGGACAGUCUGGGCUGGUCUACAGGAUGGCAUCAAACAGAAUACAUUUAUUUCAACUGUAAUGUUCCUUCAGUUAUUUAAUGUGAAAUGCCGUUUAUGUAUUGUAUAUGGCACACUGUCAUUCAUUAUACAUUACAAGAAAUAUUUAAUUGUACAGAGUUGAUGCAAUGUACAAAUAUUAUAGUGCACCUGUAGUCUAAGAGAUGUUUUACUGUAUCUGAGUUUUGCCUUACACUCCCCUCCUAAAUUCUUAAAGCCUAUGUAAAAAAAAAAUUUAUUUUUAUUUUUAUUUAAAUUAACAAUCCUCCAACUAGUUUGUAUCAGAAUCACUGGAGAGCUUGUUAAAACAGAUCCCUGGCCCCACCUACAGAUUCCGGUUGAAGAUGACCCAUGACUGCCUCUCAGGCCUUCUGGCUCCUCUGACUCUGUGAGGUCUUGUGCUGCAUCCCAGCUAGCAGUGGUUUAACAGACACCACAUCAGUGCUUACUGGUACCAGGAUGUCCAUGAGGAGCCCCGGCCCUGCCCAGCUGGCCCUGGAUGGCGGUGGCACCAUGGUGAACUGUACCGUCAAGUCAGAGGGGAAGAAGGAGCCUUGCCAUGAGGCCCCGCAGGGCUCGGCUGCUACAGCUGAACCCCAGCCUGGAGAUCCGGCCCGGGCCACCCAGGACGGCGCUGACCCUCAAGCUCCAACCCAGGACUGCAGCUCACCGGAGAGCAGUGGGUGCCCAGAACCCAAGAGACGAGGAGGCUCUGAGGCUGCUUGUGGAAGCCAGGAGAAGCUGGACUUCAACCGAAAUUUAAAAGAAGUCGUGCCAGCCAUUGAGAAGCUGCUGUCCAGUGACUGGAAGGAGAGGUUUCUGGGAAGGAGCUCCGUGGAAACCAAAGAUGUCAAAGGGACCCAGGAGAGCCUGGCAGAGAAGGAGCUCCAGCUUCUAGUCAUGAUCCAUCAACUGUCCACCCUGCGGGACCAGCUCCUGACAGCCCAUUCAGAACAGAAGAACAUGGCUGCCAUGCUCUUCGAGAAGCAGCAGCAGCAGAUGGAGCUGGCUCGACAGCAGCAGGAGCAGAUUGCUAAGCAGCAGCAGCAGCUAAUUCAGCAGCAGCACAAAAUCAACCUCCUUCAGCAGCAGAUUCAGCAGGUCAACAUGCCUUAUGUCAUGAUCCCGGCCUUUCCCCCAAGCCACCAACCUCUGCCUGUCACCCCAGACUCUCAGCUGGCUUUGCCCAUUCAGCCAAUCCCCUGCAAACCAGUGGAGUAUCCGCUGCAGCUGCUGCACAGCCCCCCUGCCCCAGCCAUGAAGAGGCCCGGGGCCAUGGCCGCCCACCACCCCCUGCAGGAGCCUUCCCAGCCCCUCAACCUCACAGCCAAGCCCAAGGCCCCUGAGCUUCCCAACAGCUCCAUUUCCCCCAGCCUGAAAAUGAGCAGCUGUGGACCCCGCCCCCCCAGCCAUGGGGCCCCCACGCGGGAUCUGCAGUCCAGCUCCCCCAGCCUGCCUUUGGGCUUCCUUGGUGAGGGGGAUGCUGUCACCAAGGCUAUCCAGGAUGCUCGACAGCUGCUGCACGGCCACAGUGGGGCCUUGGAAAUCUCCCCCAGUACCCCCUUCCGUAAGGACCUCAUCAGCCUGGACACAUCCCCAGUCAAGGAGCGGCUGGAGGAGAGCUGUGUGCACCCACUGGAGGAAGCCAUGCUGGGCUGUGAUGUGGAUGGCUCCCGCCACUUCCCUGAGUCCAGGAACAGCAGCCACAUCAAGAGGCCCAUGAAUGCCUUCAUGGUGUGGGCCAAGGACGAGCGGAGGAAGAUCCUCCAAGCCUUCCCAGACAUGCACAACUCCAGCAUCAGCAAGAUCCUUGGCUCCCGUUGGAAGUCCAUGACCAACCAGGAGAAGCAGCCCUACUAUGAGGAGCAGGCGCGGCUAAGCCGGCAGCACCUGGAGAAGUACCCCGACUACAAGUACAAGCCGCGGCCCAAACGCACCUGCAUCGUGGAGGGCAAGCGGCUGCGGGUGGGCGAGUACAAGGCGCUGAUGAGGACCCGGCGCCAGGAUGCCCGCCAGAGCUACAUGACCCCCCCUCAAGCUGGCCAGGUGCAGAUGAGCUCCUCGGAUGUCCUGUACCCUCGGGUGGCACAGCCUCUGGUGGAACACUAUGUGCCCCGAAGCCUGGACCCUAACAUGCCUGUCAUUGUCAACACCUGCAGCCUCAGGGAGGAGGCAGAGGCCUCGGAGGACAGGCACUCGGUGGCCGAUGGUGAGAUGUACCGGUACAGCGAGGACGAGGACUCGGAGGGCGAGGAGAAGAGCGACGGGGAGUUGGUAGUGCUCACGGACUGAUCUCGGCUGGCUGGGCCUGGCCCUCCUCCUGGGGAAGACCUGGCCCCGAGCCAGCGGGCACAGCCAGCCAACCUGGACUCUGUUGGUACUUGGACUCGGGCAUGCCCGGGAGAUGGCACAGCUGUGUACUUGUAGAUACAGGCCCCUUCCCCAUCACAUAUGGGCACACCUGAGGAGCUGUUGGCCUAGGUGGGCAGGGCCUGAUGGUGAUGAAUGAGUGGACCAAGUUCCUUGGCCCUUGGGGCUCAUGGCCAGGGGACACUGUAUGACCUGUCCCCUUGGGGGCCAUAUGCAUUGUUUCCAUCCUUGUCCUAACUGGAUCAGCCACCAUGGGACCAACCCCUCGCCCCCGCCCCCCCAGCCCACACACACACACACCCCAGAUUGCUCCUCUGUCACCAAGAUGACUUUGUACUUUGUGCAAAAAGAUGUCUCUCACUCUAUCUUCUGCCAAGCCUAUUGUGCCUCUGGCUGCUGUGUGUGCGUGCGUGUGUGCACACGUGUACGCACGUGUGAUUGUUUUCAUCUGUUCAUUCGUUGCACAAGAUAUUUAUUGAGUGUCUGCUAUGUGCCAGGCGCUGUUGCUAAGUUCCUAUGGGUGUGUCUCUUGAUGCCCCUCUUGCUUCUGGAGGGCUCUUUCUGUGCUCUCUUCAUUCCCAAAUUGCUACCUCUUUGUCAGUCUGGGCGUCUCAGGUUCUGUGCAUCCUUGUGUGCGUUUCUGUCUUUGUCUCUCUGCAGGGCCCUAUUUGUGUGUCUCUCCCUUCCUUGGUGUCUGACUCUGCCCCUCUGCCUGCUAGUCACUCUGGGUCUCCGAAGGCCCCUGAGCUGCCCUUGGGCCCACCAGCCGCCCUGACCUCCCCUGCCCGCUUCUUCCCUCUGACUGCUGGUCGGUUCCCACGGAGACAUUUUUAGCUCCGAGCAGCAUGGAAAUGUGCUCAGCCUCCAAGGGGCUCUGUCCUGGUGCCCCAGACCCUGGUCCCAACCUGAGUGCCAGGAGCAGGGGCAGGAGGAUUGAUGGUGCACCCCCCCUUCCUGUCAGUGACAGAAGCCCUGGAGCAGGGCUCCUAUGGCAGCUGGUCUCCAUGCCUCCCUCUUGAACAGGGGGUGGGAGGGCUCCCCAAUCUCAGAAGGGGUUGGUGAGGAGAAGACUGGUGCUCCAUUCCCUCGCCCAGCUCGCCCCCCG